AUGGAAGAGAACUUGUAAAUAUACUUGGCUCAGUUGGACCAAGUAACUAAUUUGAUUCACUUGUUACAGAAAUCUAAGAAAAAGAAUGGAUUUAAUUUAUACAAACCCAUAAUGUGUCAUAAUAGCAAUUUUAGAAUCAAUAACAGAAUAUUAUUCCAAUUAUAUAUUCCCAACUCUAAAGGCUUCAAAUUCUUGGGUCAUUAGUGGGAAUCGUGCAAAAGUGGGAAGCCUCAUUUUGCAAAUGAUCUACAUGUAGAUAAUAGUCUACCAUCUUAAUGGUAUUAGGCAGAAAUAUACUAUUAGAUGGACAACCAAGAAUAUAAUAAUUAUAUCAUAGGUGGAACACUACCUGGAUUACCAAUUACUCUGAGUGGAAUGAGUGGAAGAAGUAAGUAUUUGUAUUUGGAUUUGAAUACUUUGAAUUUUGAUGGAAGUGACGUAUAUGAAGAGGAGAUAACUAAAAAUGAGAAAGGAAAUAUAUUCUAUAAAUUCAAUAAUUAAUGGAUUCCUAUUCCUUUGUAAUAAAACAGUCGAAAUUAUUAAAAUAAAAGGGUAAAAAGAUUUAAUAUCAUUUUCAUACUCAUCAUGGUCCAAAAUGUUUUACAAAAUUGA